AUGGUCCUUAUGAAAUCAUACGAAAACAGAUUUUCCCUGAGAUUAAAUACACGUGUAAAACGAACGAUUACUCUAAUCUUUAUCCUCGGAUUUUUAAUACAUGGAAUUCUUGUAAUUUCUGAUUUUCAAUUAUCGCCAAUCGACUCUUAUCCAAAAAUUCAAUACAACUUUCAAGAUGCCGAAUCAAUAGAAGAAAGAAACCUCAGAGAGCAGCGUCGUGCUUCCAUCAAAAACGGGUUUCUUCACGCAUGGCGAGGUUACACUAAAUUUGCGUGGGGAUAUGACGAAUUAAAGCCCGUUAGUGAACAAGGAAAUAACAAGUUUAAUGGGUGGGGUGCAACAAUCGUUGAUUCCUUGGACACCUUGUGGAUAAUGGAUUUAAAGGAAGAGUUUAACGAAUCUAGAGAAUUUGUAAGCCAAAUAGACUUUACCCGUAGCGAUCAGGAUACAAAUGUGUUCGAGACAAUAAUUCGAUAUUUAGGAGGGCUUAUAAGUGCUUUCGAGCUAUCAAGGGAUUCUAUAUUUCUAGAGAAAGCAAGAGAAUUGGGAAUCGCUUUAUUGCCUGCCUUUAAUAGCCCCACUGGACUGCCUUAUAAUUACCUACGUCUUAAUCCAGAUGAAGAAGAGACGUAUGCUUGGGGAGGCGGCUUACUAGCCGAAGUAGGAACCUCACUCUUGGAAUUCACAAAACUAACCCAGUUAACUGGUGAUCGUGAAUUUUUCACUAAAGUUGAUAACAUUACCGAAGUCAUUUUCAAAGCUCCCAAAAAAAUUCCAGGACUGUACCCUGUUAAACUUAGUCAAGGUUUGAUCCAAUGUCAGGAAACUUUACGAGCGGAAAUAUCGUUUGGAGCUAACGGAGAUAGUUUUUACGAGUACCUCAUUAAGGAGCACGUAUUAGUCAGAGGGGCACUCGAUAAAUAUCGAGAGAUGUAUAUAGAAUCAAUCGAAAACAUGCAUAAAUAUCUGAUUAAAGAAAGUCCAGUGAAAGAACGACCGGAUCUAUUAUUUAUCGGUGAAUUAGAUAAUACUAGCGAUUUUCUCGGGAAAAUGGGUCAUUUGUCAUGCUUUGUCCCUGGAAUGCUGGCCAUCGGGUCAAAAAUUUUCGACCGACCAAAAGAUCUUGAAGUUGCAAUAAGAUUGGCGGAAACGUGUUAUUGGUCAUAUGGAAUAACAAAGACUGGAAUUGGAGCGGAAGAAGUUUGGUUCGAAAUAUUGGAGGAAGAAAAUAAUAAUGCUGACAAUGCUGGCAAUGUUGACAAUGAUGACUCGUGGAUUUUAAAACGAGAUGGCUCACGAUAUAGAAAUCAUCUUCCAAAGGGGAUUGUUAGAUUAGGUCCAAGUUAUUCAUUACUUAGACCAGAAACCGUCGAGAGUCUUUUUAUCUUAUACCGAAUAACUGGAGACAAGAAAUAUCAGGAACAGGCAUGGGAUAUAUGGCAGUCAUUAGAAAAAUGGACCAAGACACCUGCUGGUUAUUCAGGACUAUUAGAUGUGGAUUCUGACUACGUCAUCAAAGAUGACUGCAUGGAAAGGAUUCCAGAUUCAUCUGGUUUCGUCAGGUUGAUCUGGUUGCAGCCAUUUUACGAGAAUCAUGAUGAAUUAAUUAAUGGAAGAGGCGGAACUACGUAUGAGCAGUGUGGUGGACACAUGGGCACGUAUAAGUUAAACAAUACAAGUUUUGUUGUAAGAACCAUAAACACUCAUGCAGUAACGGGGUUUUCGAUAAGUAAUACGACAAUAUGGACGUCGCCAUCAUUAGAGUCUACGGAUGAACUAUUGAAUUUAAAUUUGACAAACUUUGUGGAUCUUAGAAUCGGGACUGAUAACGAGGGUCAUAUAUUUCCAGGAGCAUGUUUGCCAUUUGGAAUGGUGAAAGUUGGACUUGACACCGACUUUAGCGAAGAUUUUCAUGCUGGUGGCACUGGAGGGGAAGCAAAAUAUGGUGUAAUCAGUCAACUUCCGAUUGUCGUACCACUCUCUGAGCUAAAUCUUUCCGUCAUAAAAUCGCCAAGGUCGUUUGAACGCUUCACACCUGGUUAUUCCAUAUUUGGUCUUGAGCGAUAUAACAUUACUGUAGAGUUAACAGCCACCCGACGAGCCGCAUUACAUCAAUACACCUAUCCCGAAAACGCUAAUAACAAUUCUCAUGUGAUAAUUGAUAUAUCUCACUUUUUGAAACAAGAAUGUCCGUGGUGCGUAGGAAAAUUCCAUGAUGGUGCUAUCUAUUCUGUGAACAAUACUCAGGUAAAAGGCAUGGGUCGAUAUUCAGGCGGAUGGAACCAAGGUGGCCCUUACAAGGUCUAUUUCUGCUCUCAAUUUGAUACUCCGGCGAUAUUUUAUUCCACUUGGUGGAACUUUGUCAUAACGAACACAAGUUUUGAUGUUGGAGCAGAUGGGCAUUCUGUCGGUGCAAUUCUAACUUUUGAUACGAACAGUACACGAGUAAUAAGAUCCAGAGUUGGGAUCUCCUUCAUCUCGGCCACGCAGGCUUGCCAAAAUGCAGAAUCAGAGAUUCCAAAUUUUGAUUUUAUACAAAUAAAGAGAGAGGCAAAUAAAGCUUGGGAAAGAGAGUUAGAGAAGAUAGUGGUUGAGGGCGGUGACGAUGAGAUAAGGACAAUAUUUUACAGCAGUUUGUACCGUACUAUGAUUAUGCCAAGUGACAGAACGGGGGAAAACCCAAAAUGGGAAUCGUUUGAUAAGAAUGGAAAGAUUAUUCCACACUAUGAUGAUUUUUAUGCUUUGGUAAAAAAGGAUGGGACACAUUUAGGUAAAUCACUAGUAAUUCGAAUCAAAUCUUGGAUUCAUCCUCAUCCUUAUAAAAAUAAAUUUAAACCCAGAACCACAAACCCGUUAUAUACUUUAUUCCAACCAAAGCGACAA